AUGGGUUUGAUAAGAAAGUUAUUUGGUGGAGGUAACAACAUCAAUAUCGAGGAGGAGAUCGAAAGGAAGGGGUUUUCAACCUCAGAUUGUUCCUUUGAUUGUGAUUCAUGCAGCUCAAAGUUUCCAGCUUCAGUUUCGGUGGAAGAAAAGGAUGAGCUAUGGAAUUCGACCAAAGAAUAUGGGUUACACAUUGUUGUUGCAAGUGGUAAGACAGAUUGGCCGCACGAUGCAUGUCUGGUUCCUGGUACGGUAGGAAAGGCAGUAUCUGGUUGGGCUGACCUGUCAAAUGAUAAGUUCCCAGAGUUAGGAACAUCGUCGUCAAUAAAGGUAACUAUGUCGUCGUUGUGUUCAGCAGAGUUAGAUACGAACGAGGAAUACAUUCUGGGAAGAAGGGGUGAUAUAUUGAUAUUGCCGUUCUUUAUUUGGAUUAAGAAUGUUUCUGCUGAGAACGUGGGCUCAUUGCUUGACGUGAUGAUGCCGAAGCUCAUAGAGAGCAGGGAUAAGAAAAUACCGCCGCCAUCAAAGGUUGAGAAUUUUGAUGACGUCACAGUGCAAGCUGAUGGCUUUCAAUCGUAUAUUUUCUUGUGUUCACAUAGGACUAGAGAUAAGAGAUGUGGAGUUACUGCACCAUUAAUGAAGCGUGAAAUGGAGAUCUAUUUGAGAGAUCUUGGAUUGUAUAGGGAUUUCAAUGAUUAUAGACCCAAUGGAGUCAGGGUGGCGUAUAUAAAUCACGUAGGGGGUCACAAGUAUGUGGCUAAUGUGUUGAUGUAUUCUAAGACAGGUAAGAAUAUUUGGCUAGCUAGAUGCAGACCUCAAAACGUGAGGCCGAUUAUAGACGAAUGCAUUCUAGCUGACGGAAAGGUAUGGGCUGACAAGGUUAGAAUCAUUCAAAGAUUUGACCCUAUUGAAUGGUGA